GAACAACUAUUUAAACAUUUCCCUUUCCGAACCCCCAGACAGUAAAAACAAAAACAUCAACGAUCUCAAACCUCUCGCCAAUUUCCAAAACCAAAAACCUAAGUUUUCAUGGAAUCCAUUAAAUUGUUCAGAGGCUAUGGCAAAGUGAAUCCGCACCUUGAAGAUCAAAGCCCUCACCAACAACACAGUACUUCUAAACGCCGAAUCCUCAUCUUCAGCGUUUCAUCCAUCCUGCUUUUGACUCUAAUCAUCGGUAUAGCGCUUGCAACAUUGAUCCAUGAGUCAAAUAGUGAGCCAGAUGAAUCCCCGUAUCUCUCCUCAUCAAACCCAGCUGAGUCGAUCAAAACGGUCUGUGACGUGACUCUGUAUCCAUCCUCCUGCUUCACAAGCAUAUCCUCUCUUAACAUCUCAACUAAACCUGACCCAGAAGUCAUCUUCAAGCUCUCUCUCCAAGUCUCCAUUGCAGAACUCAAGAACCUCUCUCCUUUAUUGAGUAGUUUCAAUGAUGUUAACUCUCAGGCUGCUUUGAAAGAUUGUGUGAGUCAGUUUGAUGAUUCCCUGAGUAAACUCAACGAUUCUUUGUCGGCCAUGGAGGUUGGACCUGGAGAGAAGAUGUUGAAUUUGGAAAAGGUCAACGACAUCCGGACAUGGAUCAGUGCUGCCAUGACAGAUCAAGAUACUUGCAUAGACGGUUUGGAGGAGAUGGGAUCGAAGUUUCUUGAUGAGAUCAAGGCCAAGAUAGAGAGAUCUAAGGAGUUCUUGAGUAUUAGCUUGGCUAUCAUUGCUAAGAUGCAAGCUCUUCUUGAAAAAUUUGAUCUAAAAAUGCAUUGACAUUUUUUUCUUCUGCAGGUUCUCAUUUUUGUUUGAUGCCAAAUCUGCCGUUUGAAAUAUGUAAUUGAAAGAUGAUAUGUGUGUAAAUAAAUGAUUAAUAAAUGUAAAAUAUUUUUGUGAUCUGAUAA